AAUUCCGCCUCCGGCGCCUCGAGCAGUUCCGCCAUGGCCUCAAUGGAAGCGGGUGUUACGCCUGCCAAGUCUCGGCGGGAGCCAGAGGGCCGUCCCUCGGCACGGGAUAAAUAUUCGGUGCUUUUACCCACCUACAACGAGCGCGAGAACUUGCCUCUCAUCGUGUGGCUGCUGGUGAAAUGCUUCUCCGAGAGUGGAUUCAACUAUGAAAUUAUAAUCAUAGAUGAUGGAAGCCCAGAUGGAACAAGGGAUGUUGCCGAACAGUUGGAAAAGAUCUACGGAUCAGACAAAAUUCUUCUAAGACCACGGGAGAAAAAGUUGGGACUCGGAACUGCAUAUAUUCAUGGAAUGAAGCACGCCACAGGAAACUACAUAAUUAUUAUGGAUGCUGAUCUUUCACACCAUCCAAAGUUUAUUCCUGAAUUCAUUAGAAAACAAAAGGAGAGUAAUUUUGAUAUUGUCUCUGGAACUCGCUAUAAAGGAAAUGGAGGAGUAUAUGGCUGGGAUUUGAAAAGAAAAAUAAUCAGCCGUGGGGCUAAUUUUGUAACUCAGAUUUUGCUGAGACCAGGAGCAUCUGACUUAACAGGAAGCUUCAGAUUAUACAAAAAAGAAGUUCUACAGAAAUUAAUAGAAAAAUGUGUUUCUAAAGGCUAUGUCUUCCAGAUGGAAAUGAUCAUUCGAGCAAGGCAGUUGAAUUACACAAUUGGAGAGGUUCCAAUAUCAUUUGUGGAUCGUGUUUAUGGUGAAUCCAAACUGGGAGGAAAUGAGAUAGUCUCUUUCUUGAAAGGAUUAUUGACUCUUUUUGCUACUACAUAAAAGAAAGUUACUCAUUUCUGCUUACCAUGUUCAUUUCAAUUGAAAUAUAAAAGGCACCCUUACUGAUUUUUAUAACAUGUACUCUUAGAACAUAAAUCAUAAGGUAAGGUAAAUUUUAUACAAAUAUAUUAUCUGGAGAAACUCCAUUUUUUACUUCAAACUAAAUGUUAAAGUUACUAGCCUAAUGAGCAAUGCUCUCAAUUUUCAUAUACAUUUUGCUGUAUUAAGACGUAAAUAAAUACACAUGGAUUUUCGUAUUAAAUGUUGCUGGUUUCUUUAGAAUAUGUGAUUGGAGAAUUUCUUAAAUGGAACAGAAUCUGAAAUAUUUCUUACAAAAACAAUUCGUAGCUCUUUACGCCUGAUGUUGAGAGAGGAAUGUUCAUUAUGCUUAUGAAAUAUAGUCGCUUCUGUAGGAUACCUGUGUUCCAAAAGCCAGAGCAAAUGUUUCAUUUACCUACCUUCUCUAACACAGGUACUUCAAAAAUGAUAAUUAUUUUCUAAAUGUAGCAUUGCUUUUAAGUCAUUUAUUUUUAAAAUUUGAGUAAGAAUAUACUUGAACAAGUGAGCCGAGUUGGCUUUUCUUUGUAAGUAAAAAGAACAGUGUGUCUGAGCCACUCACAUUUGGUGAACAGUAUGUAUUUACAUUUUGGGGCUUAAUUUGCUGACAAAAAAAAGUCUGAUAAAUCAUUUACGUUUCUCUCUGCUCUUAUCAGAAAUAAUAAACUAAAACCUUUGUAGUUUUGAACAUUUAAACUCCUCCAUUCCCAUAGUUAAACCCUUACUGCACAUUCUAAAAAGAGCCAUUGUGAUUCUGUUUUGCCCAGAGCUAUUCAGCUGGCCCACCGGGACCAGCUUUCCUUGGGGAAGUGACCUCCCUUAUCAUUAAUAACUAGAAGAUUCAUCAGUGCUUCAUGUAAACUUAGUUUUAAGCUAUAGUAACAGAAUUAUAAAGUGCUUGAUAUUUUUGGAGUGUUGAGAAUUUAUUCUCUUUAAGCCUGGUUUUCAGUCUGAAGUAUGUAGAGCAGAAUUGAGAACCUUAUCAUAUAUAAGGCAUUGCUUUCUCAUACCUCACUAGACUAGGUAACUUUUCUGUCUUUUCAGUUCUUCCCACAACCGUUUCAACACUUUACCAGUGUUGGAACUAAGCAGUGAACACAGGCUAUUAGGAAAUCAUUUAGAAGAGAAUCUGGACCAUCUAGAUGUAUUUUUGUAGUAAAUCUGGUGACAUAAACACUGCAAAAUCUUUUUAAACAUUUACAUCUUAAUCUGCACCCUUUUUUGCUUCAUGAGGACAGUGAUGAAAUCCAGAUGUUGUUCUUUGUAUUUGUAGUGUCACUGUAUGAAAUCUAAGAAAACUAAAAGAUUACCCUAUUUGCUUAUUUCAUAGCAGCUCUCUGCCUGUUAUGUACUUUGUAGAUUACUUAUCUUCCUGACUCAAAUGCUUUGCCCAAGUCUCCCCUACUGCUUUCUUUAAAAAACAACUUUUCCAACUCCUGUUUCCUAUUGACAUACUGAAUUAGCUUUUAAUGUUAAUGAAAUUGCAGAAAUUAAUAGUGUGUUGGAUUGAAAGUUAAACUUACUCACCAAAGUCUUUAACACUGAGUGUAGUUAACCACAAUUCAUAGUAGGUUGUUAGGUCCUUUAGAGACACUAGUAUUAUUUGAAGUUAUUUUAACUUGUAGACUUAAAAAAAUAGUAGAAGAGGUGUAUUUACAGACCAUACCUUGAAAAACUAGCCUUGGUUAACCCUUCACCAGUGGCAUUUAUUCCUUUUAAAUACGUUUCACCAAUGAUACGCUCUCUGAUGCACUCUACCAUCAAAGGUGAGCUGAGGCGUUGGGGCUGGCCUAAAGUUUGGGAGCACUCUGUUUACGUGCUGCCAUCCUGUCCACGUUGUGGGAGCGCUAGAACUGACGGGCCCUACAAUUGCAAAGUGUUCCUAAGGAUCUUCUGGAGGGCUACUGGCAGUGUCACUUCAUCCUUUGGCUUCACCAGUCCAGUGGCCUCAAAGUCCUUGGGAUUCCACUUGUUUCUUCAGGCCAAGGAGAGGAGUCCAUGGCUGAGUUUGGAAGACUGUCCAGUCCCAGGCAACAGCAGGCUAAAAUGCAGCCCCUGCCACCAAGUACUCCCUGAGCAGGGAGGGCCCAGGGCGCAGGGGUCGCGCGCCCUCCAGCAGGCUUGCGGAGCACGAGGCCCUCACACCUCAUUGGAGGCAGGUGUCCCUGCCCCUUGCAGCUGCGCCCAGCCCGUGAGCGCGCGCCUCCAAGCACGUGGAGCUGCCCUGCACACCCCUCCUUCCAGAUGUAGUCCAGGCUCAGCUGGGCCCGCGCAGGGAUCCCCACGCGGCCACCUGACAGAGUGUUGGGCGUGCUGCGGCCCGCUGCUUCUGCCUCCGCCGCUGGCGCUGUGGCCAGAGGAAGGCGCCUGCUGAGCACACGGGGCCUGGGAGCGCACUGCGGCCAUUAUCCGCGGCGCCUCCUAGUGGGUCAAUGGCAAAUCCUCCAGGUUCUCGCGAGAGCUCCCCCUCAGUGGGGAUUAUAUAAUUCCCCUUAGGCGGGGGUGGGGGUGCUGGGGCCACCCUCCCCCAAGAAAAGUCCGAUGUAAGCACACAGGGAAGUAGUAGAGUUGCCCCUGGGGGGCAUGGAGGGAAGGGCUGCUGUCCCCCAUGACCCCCCCCCUUCUUGGCUGGACAAUGAGUCCUCUUAUGCUAAUGAGUUACUUACGUCACUUCCGCUCUUUCUCGGCCGCCAUUUUGGCUAGGGCAGGUUCGGGGACUCGCUCCGAGGCGCUUGUAUUGUCUGCCGAGGGGAGACGCGGGAUCGGCCCCCUCCCCCGCCCGUUGCCGCUGCCGCCUCCGCCGGCCCGGUCUCCCCUCCGCCGCCCGCCGAGAUCCAUGAGCUGAACUCCCGCCCCCCCGGCCGCCGCCAUCUUGUGCCCCCUCCCCCUCCCGCAGGCACCGCUAAGGGGGAUUUUGGCGUCUCCUCAGACACAGCUCCCUCUCUCGGUUCCCGCUGCCGAGGAGCGAGGGAAGCGCGGCCGCCGCCGCCCGCCCGCGCCGGUGAAGCCGCCGCUCCCACACCCUCCGUCUCCUCCCUCCGCCCCUCCUUUGUCUGCACCGCUCGACGACGCUGCUGCCGCCGCCCGCGCGGAGACUGGAGGGAGCCGCUCGUGCCGUCGCUGCCGCCCGCCGCUCUGCUGCGCCCGCCGCGCCCCCCGGCAGCAGCCGCGGUCGCGGCGCGAGCCGGAGCCCGCCGAGACCGAGCGCGACGAGGCUCCGGGCGCGCCCUCCCCGCCCUCGCCGUGCCGCCGCCAUCCGCCCGCCGCCGCCGCCGCCGCCGCCGCCCGGCCCCGGAGCACGCCGGCCCCGCGCGCGCCUCGAGGCCGAGUGAAGAAACUAUGUUCCAACUUCCUGUCAACAAUCUUGGCAGUUUAAGAAAAGCCCGGAAAACUGUGAAAAAAAUACUUAGUGACAUUGGGUUGGAAUACUGUAAAGAACAUAUAGAAGAUUUUAAGCAGUUUGAACCUAAUGACUUUUAUUUGAAAAACACUACAUGGGAGGAUGUAGGACUGUGGGACCCCUCACUUACAAAAAACCAGGUGUCUGUAAAGAGCAUUUCUGAAGGAAGACAGAAGAGCACCAGGUCCUGCCAACGUCUGUUAAAAGAUGGGAGUUUCCUGUCUGAAAUGCUUCAGUAGAAGUGAUUAAUCCUGUUUUCUUGCCAAGGGAGCAGUGCUGUAAAGGAGUGUGUCCUUUACCUCAGCCACAGCCUGUAACUCUGUCCCCUCAUGAUGGAGCCCAAAACUCACCACCGAGUUACUCUAUGCCCAUAACGUUUGUGGAGUACUUAGCCUGCCUGGUGGAAAAUCUCUGCUUAAUGAAACUAAGUGGAACACGCUAUACAGGCAAUGGAUUUUUCCACCUAUUAUGACCAUCAUUUUUAACCCAUAAAGUCCAAACGUGCACCCGUCACUCGUGGUGUCUCUACUACUUCCUGUCUACCCACGCCACUUAAAACGAACAUUGAACUGUGACUUGAAUGUAUGCAGAGUUACAACUUGGGGUUAUGUCCAAAAUAACAGAUGCCAGGGAUUUGGCUCAGUGACACAAGCACCUGCCUGGUAAGUUCAAGGUGGUGAGUUCAAUCUGCAGUGUCCAGAAAAGACCCAGUACCCCAAAACAAGUUUAGCUGGGCAUGGCGGCACAUGCCUGUAAUCCCAGCACGUGGUAGGCAACAGGAACAUUACUGAGUUCCAUGCCAGCCUUUACUACACAGUGAAUUCAAGGCUAGUCUGAACUACGCAGCGAGAUCCUGUCUCAACAAAAAAAUCAGCACUUGGGAGACAAAAGUUCCAAUAUAGUAACUGAAGCCCUCAAAUCAUCCUUUCAGUCGGUCAGCUAAGGACAAGGAAAUUCAUAGUUACUUCUGUGACAAAUCUGUAUGAAUAAAGAAUCUUCUCUGCUACGAA